UUUCUCAUAUUGUUUACUUUACAACAGCAUUACACAGAUUUUACAAGUCUAUAGCAACGAAUAAAAGUGACUGCUGAAGCUGAAAGGAGCUGCUCCCGCAUGGCAUUUCACUUUUCACCUCUGCUUCCAUGAAUGAAUAGGGAAUCUUCUGCUACGCUGAUUGGAUGAACUCGAAACCUAGCUCUGCUAUCGAUCCCAGCGAAGCAGAUAUCAUGGAGCAUGAAGAAAAGGUCAAUAAUUACGAAGCUAUGUAUGCCGGACGUUUGAAGGCAAAGUACUUCUCAAAAAAGACUUUCAAUGGAGAGGAUGUGUUCGAUACUGAAGUACUUAUUGAGAAUGAGACCAUAAAGUCGAGCAGGUGGCCGUGCAUGAGAUCAUUUGCAGACCCAGCAAAGCAUCUUGGGGAGCAAAAUCAGUCCCUGCCUUCGGCUGAAGAGCUGUCGGUGACACCCACCAAGAAUCAGGCAUCCAAGAAGACCAGUUAAUAUGACCUAGUGGCCUAUGCAAACUUUACUCUUUGUAGAAUAAUGCUAGGUGCGCCUCUAAUGUAUUUUAGAAUAUUAUUGACGAAUCAGUGACAUCCCUCAUGCUCUUUUGAGGUACAUAAAGCAAUUGUAGAAGUCAACUCUUGUGAUCUGUGAAGACAAAAAGAAAGUUCAUGCCAGAAGUACAGCAAUUAUGGGAUAAGGAACUUUUUU